CUUGGGCUUACCUCGGAUACGAAAUUUUGAUUUCAUCAUCGUCGGAGGGGGUACUGCGGGCUGUUUGAUGGCAGCAAGGCUCUCUGAAAGGUACAGGGUUCUACUUCUUGAAAAGGGGGGCACUCCAGUCCCUCUCACGCAGAAUCUCUACUUUACCAAGAAUGUCUCCGACCAUCCUGCCAUCACCAGUUACUACCCGUCUCUUCCCCAGGAGCAAUUCAACAUGGAGAAUGGUGGCGCUUCUGCAGCAUAUAUUCCCAAAAUGUUGGGUGGUUCGAGUUCUAAUGGGGAGUGCACUUACAACCGUGGGAAUCCUGCCGAUUAUGAUUAUAUUGCUAAUGUGACUGGGGAUGAGACAUGGGCAUAUUCGCACGCCAUCAAACAUUUCAAACGGAUUGAGAAUUAUGUGGGGAUGUUGAUAACUGAGAAAGAAAGAGCAGAAUAUUACGGAGUGGGUGGACCACUUACGGUGGAAACAGUGCAAGACCCAAUUUUGCAGUCCUGGUUUCAAGCAGGAAGGGAACUGGGGUUCAAUGUGUCGGACCCCAAUGGUCGCCAGACGGAAGGUAUUCAGGUGAAGACUAAAUUUCGUACAAACAAGUAAUUUGAGCAAUCUUGACGGCGACAGGGUUCACGCCGAUGGGAAAGACCAUGAGGAACGGAGAACGGGAAAGCAGCUACACGGCAUAUCUGAAGGGGAUUGAGUCCUCUCGUAGCUCACUGUUAAUUCUAAGAUAUUGUGAAGUGGACAUGGUACUACCUCGCAGAAUAUAAAUAUCCAAUGUUGAUAAUAAUGAAAUGCAGCUUUGUAAAAAUGCAUGAUUCCUGUAUUUAAAUAGAUCCUCAUAAACAUGGGAAAUGUUGCAUACGGAGUGAGGUACAAAAGACAUGGAAUUCCACAAAUUGCCCAUGUCACUAAAGAAAUUAUAGUCAGCUCUGGAGUCAUCUCUUCCCCGCUCCUUCUGAUGAAGUCAGGAAUCGGGCCCAGAACGCAGCUCACCAAGGGCGGCGUAAGUACACCAACAACAUUCGGAUGACAUUAAUAAUUUUUAAUGGCAACGAUGAACACAUUUAGAUUCCUACAAAAGUCGACUCUAUCGGCGUGGGACAGAAUCUUCAUAAUCACGGCGGAGUUACGCUGCUCUUCAGUGUGAAUAAUCCUAAACUCGAACUUCUUCCCAAAGUUGAGAAACGUGCUUUUGAGGAAGAUUUGGGGAGAUAUCACGAUUCUAUUUGGAGGCACGGGUUCUUUGCAAGGGUCGACUUUGGUCCACAAGCCUUCAUCGUUUCGGGAAGGUACGCACAUAUUUAUUGCAGCAAUAUUCAAAUUAUGCAAUUUGUACUCCCAGAUUGACAUGAACCCCACAAAAUACUUAUCAUUAUUGGUCCUUACUAAAGAGCAAAAGGCGAAGGAGAAGCAAACCAUCCCGAUCUUCAAAUAAUUUAUAGACUGAAACCUCUUCUGGGAGAUGGACAACUUGAAAUCCAGCUUCAUGUGAUUAUUACACGAAUGAAGUCUGUGGGAUCGGUCGGCUUUAAUUCCACCUCACAUUUUGAAGGAGAAGAGGACGACACUAAAUUGGCAAUCAUCGAUGACAAACUCUUCACAGACUCGACAGAUGUGGACGUCUUGAUUGAAGGCAAGAAGUGAAUCGACAUUAUUGCUCUAACCUUAAGUUUACGUGAAUUGCCUUAUUGUCAAUUAUAACUUAGGAAUAAAGCUGGCCAUCAAAAUCAUGGAGGAGACGACGCCAUUUCAGGCCAUGAAACUGAGCUACAACGAAAAUCCACCUGAACUCUGUAAAUCACUACCACCUCGUUCUGACGAGUAUUGGAAAUGCUACGUGAAACAACGAGCCGUGCCGUGGUGGCGCAUGGCGGGGACAUGCAAAAUGGGAAAAGAGCUGGACCCCAUGGCUGUUUUGGAUUCGAAACUGAGGGUUAAGGGUGUCAAGAAACUGAGAGUGGUCGACGCCUCCGCCCUACCACGAACACCAAACUCUGGAAUAUUUGCUGCCACGUUAAUGUUAGCGGAAAAGACGGUGCAGGAAAUUUUCAAAGAACACGUCUCAGAAAUGACACCUCCAGCAGUCAUCCCACAACCCCAACAACUGGAGCCAUCGCUUUAACUGUAUGUACUAUCCUUAAUUCUCAGUUAAGUGAAGUGUAAUAAUGCGUGAUGAUGAAUGAGUAAACGACUAGGGCCAACCC